AUGCGCCGAGCUGUCAUCGGCAGGGCGCUAGAUCUCCUAGAUGCCAUUCACCGAGCGUUCGCAACGCCGGUCACUGAUGAAGGAUCUUCGCGAUACACGCGAGCUGAGAUCGGGAAUACUGAUCUUGAAGAUGCAAGACGCCGUCAAAUUAUACAUGCCCUAUUGGAUCUCAUCUCCUUGGAGGGCAUUUACCCGUCUUUGUCCUCGGGCGUUGGCAUUCCUCUACAACAAAGGGUCAUUUCUGUACUGCCAGCCGGGAUCAUUGCAAAACAGACCACCAUACCAGCAAGCAGUACGCCACACGACGGGAUACUUCUUGCCAGAGUCAUGCGUAUUCUCGUCGAUAUCGUGUUGGACGAAAGAGACAGCAUUCAACCCAUUAUUCGCAGUCGCAUCCUCAGCGAUCUCAUAAGUGGAUUAUCCGAUCUUGCAUUCAACCCCAACACCAUGCCCUCCGAAAGGAAAAUGCAGGAUCAAAAAGCCUUCCAGGUGAUCAUCGAUGAGUCUCCAAGUGCAGCUCUCUUACCUACUCUAUCUGCGUUUCUUCAGACCGAUACAACAGCCUGGUUCAGGUCAAUUGUGUCACGACAGAUUGCCCGAAUCCCAAUGCGAGAGGGCGGGGUGAUGCAUACUAUUCUUUUUAUAAUGUCGCAGGUGGGCCCGUCGCUCGGACAAGAAGCCCAAGCGGAGCCCACCAAUGGGCCUCAUUUCACAGUGCAAGGAAUGAUGCAGAUCUCGAAGCUUUUGUCUGCUGUCCCGCAGGAUACUGAACCGUCGACCUACUUUGACGCCCUCGCUCCUCAGCUACUAGAGUUGCUUGACGGGGACGACCCUGAUCUGAGAAGAAUUGCCUCUUAUGUCAUUGGCAACGGGAUCCUAGGCAAACGCGCCUAUGGUGCACCAGGAACUAUCGGGCAUUCUAUCUUUGUCGAGCCGAUAUUCGCGGCACUGACGGCUGAGAUUGAUAGUAACUCGGUACGGUGGCUUUCGGCACCGUACUCUGCAGACGUCAGGGCCACCAUGUUGCCAGAGAACCAGUCUUUUAAGACUGCCGUUCGAAGCCAACACAUCCUUGUCGCGCUGAACAGACUGAAACUUCUCGCACUACAACAUCCAAAUCCUGGUCUGGUGAAGAGGAUUAUUUAUCCCAUUUUACUGCCAUUAUGGGGCCUAGCCUGCUAUUCUCAGCAAGAGCAAUUCAAUGAGGUCCACACCGGGGUCAUGAGUCUGUUGCAGACAUACUUCAGCAUAUCAGUUGGCGCUUUGCCCUUAAAGAAACUAGUUGACAACCUUAUGUGGGACGGAGGGCCGACUUGGACAUAUACCAAGGACUUUCAGGGCCAAAUUGCCUACAAAGCGCGAUCUAGGCCAGACAACAACCAAUUCGAUAUGAUCAGGCUCAUGGACUCAUUGCAAACUCGAGCUGAUCUGUUCGUUGGCCUCUUGGGUACGGACCCAAGCACCGAGGAGCGAACUGCCGACAUUUUUCUGCAUGUCAGUCAGUCCUGGCUCGUUCAGCCCUCAACCCAGGAAAAUGCCAGGGCUUCUAUCUCUAGCGAGGAUGCCGAAGACAGCGCGAAUAUCAUGAAAAGACUUGUUUGUGCGAAGGUAGCCGAAAGAUUGCUUGACAGUUUCAAGGACACGCUGUCACGCCAACCCUUACGAGUCCUUGAACUUAUCAAACAAGUGAUUGAUGGAGAGCUUCACAGGCUCAAAGGCCAACGUGGACCUGUGUCGUCUCGCAAUAUCGAGAAGAUUUCUUUGUCAUCCCUUGCGAGUAUUGUGCCGGAGCGUAACGAGAGCAAGGAGGAUGAAUCUGACCAAGACACAUCUGAUUCCUUGACUACCGCCUUCAGCUUACUCUCGACGGUGCUUGCAUCUCCAGAGUUUGCGUUGUCUGAGGAAACAAAGAGCCUUUUGGAAUCGCUCAAAGACCAUCUCGACCAAUUGAUCCCGCGUCUUCCAAGCUCAUUAGCUAAGCCAGCGACUACUUCGUCAAUGCUGCUGGAGAUUCAGCUCACGUCACCUGAGAAUGGUGAGCCCAAAGCGGUUUCUUCGCACAUCACGGACCUUGAAACACACCGUCAAGCGUUGGCAAACCUCAGCUCAGAUCUCCCGCCAGUCCAAGCAGAGGGCUUCUCCCUUCUGUCCAAGUUAAUAUUGAAAUCAUCACCUGUGCUGGACAUCCCAUCAACCCUGACACUUCUUCUCUCAAUCAUUACGGACACCUCUGAGGCCCAUGCAAACGACGAAUUCAUUUAUCUUAACGCUAUCAAGCUUAUCGGCACGCUUGCCGCGCGUCACCCACGGACCGUUGUAAAGACGUUGGUUGACAACUACACUGAUCCCAGCGAACAGAAGACUUUAGACCAGCGUCUCAAAAUUGGCGAGUCUCUUCUGAGGACAGUCCAAGACCUUGGCGAAGCUUUGGCCGGCGAUACAGCUAAAACCCUCACGGAAGGUCUCAUCGCUGUGGCUGGACGGCGUGGCCACAAACCACUAACCCAGAAAACACGCCAACAGCUGGAAGAGAAGGAGAGAAGAGAGAGCGAGCGUGAAAAGCGGAGGCAGCAACAGACUGGAUUGCCGGACAUCUCUGAUCUUCUGGAUGACGACUCAGAAACCGAGUCACUAGAGCAAAAUGCCUUCGCUGCGUCGAUUGUCGCUGCAUGGGGUGCUGGCGCGCCUAGUGACGAGGAGCCUGAAGAUUUGCGCGUGCGUGCAUCGGCACUGUCUAUUCUCGCUUCCGCGGUGCAGACAAAUAUUCUCGGGCUCGGACCUACAAUCAUCUCUUCUCUGCUAGACCUCGCCAUGGCAACGCUGACGCUAGAACCGGCCACCGAAAGUGCGAUUCUGCGACGAGCGAGCGUCGUACUCAUCUUGGAUGUUUUGAAAGCCCUGGAUUCGGCGCGGGAGGCUCGAAACGGACAAGAUCUUGGUUUCGGAUUCUCACUUAUUGACGAGGACCCAUUGCUAUCUUCCCGCGAAAAUAACAGACGCGGCCCUUCUACCGUGGCAAGUAUCCCGAGGAUGCUCCGUACUCUUGGCUUUGUCGAGAGUGUCGAGACAGAUGGUAUCGUCAGGGGCCAUCUCCGUGCGUUGACCGAGAGUCUUGAAGCUUGGAUGGAGAAAUCUAUCAUGUGGGGAAUUGGUGCUCAAAAUGGCGGCGAACCAAAGUUGGAGCUAGGAGAUCGCAUUGCAGGCUUGGACAUCGAUCCGCUGGCCGGAAGAGGUUCCGGGGAGCCUCGGAUUGAGGAAAUUGAGUAG